CACGUGUUUAAUAAUUUACUCUUAGCAGGCGGGAAUCUAAAUGUAAGUCGUCUGUCGAAGCUUUGUUUGAUAAAGGCGGUUUGCGUUUGCGAAAAACUGUUUUAGAUUUGUUAAAGAAAAAUCUAAAUCAAAACACCAUAAAAAUGCCUGGAAAGGAAAAUGAAGUUGAAGUUGACACCAAGGAAUCUGAAAAUCAAACUACAAAGACAAAAACUGUUGAAGAUGUGAUUGCCCAAAAGGAUGCUGCAAAUAAAGAAACAGAAUCAACAGAUGAAAAGGAUGAGGAGAAAGAGAAAUCUGUGAAGAAAGACGACUCUGAAAAUACAAAUCAAAAUGCAUCAACAGAAGAGGAAAAAGCAGAGUCCACCGAUGAUUCUGUUGAUAAAAAGGAGGCCGCUGGUGAGAAAAGAACAUCAGAAGAAAAUGGAGAAGAGGAAAGUCCUGUGAAAAAAGUGAAAACAGACGAUGCAGAAAAAGAAGUUCCAGCGAAAGAUGCAGAGGAAAAGGAAUCCGCAUAAACCUAAUUGUGUGGACCUCAUUUAGAAUGGGCCUCAUCGGGACGGGGGGUGGUGGAUACUGCGAUCAAGCUGUAAAAUUCAUGUUUAUUGUGAUGUGAACAUUAGCAAAAAAAGUUUCAAUUUUGAAACUACUUUACCAUGUAUCAUCAUGUUCAUUUUAAAAUAUAGUUAAUGUUUUGUGUCAUAAAUCAUUAUUUAAUUCAG